AUGUCACGUUCCAUCGUGCUCAUAUUAAGCAUAUUAUGCUUGACGGCCACAGCUCAACUUCGUGCCAAUCGACAGCUUUUGGGACAAGUCGCAGAAGAAGAGGCUAUUCACCAUGCUGAAGUUGCCAAUGAUGUUCACCAUGCCGAAGCUGAACACGUUCUUCAUCACGCUCAGGAGACCCAAGGUGCUAUUCAUCAAGUCCAAGCCGAAAAGGAACUUCAUCACGCCGAAGCUGAGAAAGAACUUGCUGAUGCCGAACUUCAUGGCUACAGACAACGUGGAUACGCUGGAGCUGUAGCUCAAGGCGCCAUUGCGCAUGCCGAAGCCGAACACACCGUUCACGAAGCUCAGGUAAACAACGCGAUUGUUCAGAAGGAAGUGGCUGAGAACGAACUUCAUCAUGCUCAAGCUGAGAAUCUGGUUUCUGAUGCUAAACUUCAUCACGCUGGCCACGGAUUCAGAGGAAAACGUCAAGUCUACGGUGGAGUAUAUGGCCAAGAAGCUGUACUACACGCUGGAGAGCAAGCUGCCGUGAACCACGCUGAAGCUGAAACAAAACUUCAUGAAGCCGAGGUUCAGAAUCAAGUUCACCAAGAGGAAGUUCAGAACCAAGUGCAUCUAGAUGAGACUGAAGCCAAGGUUAAUGCCCAAGAAGCUGUCUACAACGCCGAGCUACAUGGAUUCAGAGGAAAACGUCAAGUCUACGGUGGAGUUUACGCUGAAGAAGCGGUGUUGCAUGCCGAAGCUCAAGCUGCUUUGAAUCACGCUGAAGCUGAGAAUGCUCUUCAUCAAGCUGAAAUCAAGAACCAGAUUCAUGUUGAGGAAGCCGAAGCUAAACUUCAUGCCGAAGAAGCUCUCGUGAAUGCUGAACUUCAUCACUACAGAAACAGACGUAGUGUCUAUGGUCAAGAAGCGGUGAUACAUGCUGAAGAACAAGCUCAAGUUAACCAAGCUGAAGCGAAACUUCAUGAAACGGAACUUCAGAAUCAAGUGCAUCUAGAUGAAACUAAAGCCAAGAUUCAUGCUCGAGAAGCUGUUGACAACGCUGAACUUCAUGAAUUCAGAGGAAAACGUCAAGUAGCCGCACAAGAAGCCAUUGCUCACGCUGAAGCCGAACAUCUUGAUCACGAUGCUGAAGUCAACGGCGAUAUCGUGCAAAAAGAGGCUACUGAAAACGAACUUCAUCAUGCUCAAGCUGAAAAUGCUGUUUCUGGUGCUGAACUUCAUCACGAUGUUGGUCAUCAUGGAUUCAGAGGCAAGCGCCAAGUCUACGGCGGACUCUAUGGUCAAGAAGCUGUGCUACACGCUGAAGAACAAGCUGAAGUUAACCAUGCUGAAACUGAAACAAAACUUCAUGAAGCCGAAGUUCAGAAUCAAGUUCAUCAACAAGAAGUUCUGAAUCAGGUGCAUCUAGAUGAAACUGAAGCCAAGGUUCAUGCCCAAGAAGAUGUCUACAACGCUGAGCUACAUGGAUUCAGAGGAAAGCGUCAAGCGUACGGCUACGGUGCACAAGAAGCUAUUGCCAACGCUGAAGCUCAUCAACUUACUCACGAUGCUGAGGUGAACAACGCUGUUCUUCAAAAGGAAGUGGCUGAGAACGAACUUCAUCAUGCUCAAGCUGAAAACAUGGUUGCCAACGCUGAACUUCAUCAAGACGGAGGCUUCGGCGGAAGACCCGGCUUCGAACCUGAAUUCCAAGGCAGACCUGGCUACUACCAAGAAGGCUACCGACCAGAAGACCGCCCCGACUUCUACGAUGAAGGCUACGGACCUCGCGAGGAGCCCGAGUUCUAUGACUAUGGCUACGAACCUCACGUAUACAGAGCCAAACGUCAGUUGUACGGUGAAAUCGCCGCGGAACAGGCCUUGAUUCACGCCGAAACCGAGAACGCUGUCCACCACGCUCAAGUCAUGAACGCCGUUCACCACGCUGAAGCCGAACAAGCCAUCCAUCAUGCUCAGGCCGUGAAUGCCAUCCAUGUGGCCGAAGCCGAACACGCUGUUCAUGAAGCCCAGGUUCACAACGCUGUAGCUGCCGAGCAGGCCAUCAUUAAUGCCGAAGUGAAUGCUAUGUACUACUGA